AUGCCGGAAGAUACUCGAAAAACUUAUAUAUUAUCAACGAUUGCCAAUUAUUUUGGUAUCGAACAUGAUUCUUUAUCAUCUUUAUCUGAUCAUCGUGCAUUAAAUAGUUUUCUUGAUGAUACAAAAUGUCCUUUACUUUCAGCAACACGUGGUCAUAAACAUUCAAUUGAACUAACAAAUGAGAUUAAAGUUGUUGAAGGUACGCAAUGUUUGGUUUUAUUUAAACUUCGACCUGAUCAACUUACAUCAGAUAAUAUUUAUACAAGUAUAUUUUUAUCAUCAAUGGUUGAUUCACCAAUAGAUUCACUUUAUUAUAUGAUUAAAUCUGUAUUUUCACCAGCUUUACGUGAUAACAAUAAUAAUAAAUCAAAUCAAGCUGCUAAUCAACAAAUUCAAACAUCAUUAAGUGAACUUGAACAAGUACUUCGAUCAUCAGGAAAGAAAAGUUCAGGUAGUUCAUCAUCAUCAAUGGCAACUAUAUCACAUCCAAAAGAUGAAAUUGCUUAUUGGUAUGAUGUUGCAAGAAAUACAUCAAGUAAAACAAAAGAUCUUGAAAGAGCAAAAUAUUUUCUUCAAUUAUUCGAUCCAGUGAAAGCAAAUUUCGACAAUCUUGAGAAUUUAACACUUCUUGAACUCGUUGAUGUUGUCGAAAAAACACAAGACGUUUAUGAUGAUGUAUGGAAACAAACGGAAUAUGAUGAAUAUCCUGAACAACGUAUGAAACAUUUAUUAACAAUAACAUCGAAUAGUCUUGUUCAAUGUGUUCAAAAACAAUUAUCGAAUAUUGACUUUUGGUCGGAUUCAAAAGAUUCCUUAAAAAAUCGUGAACAUUUACGUAAUGGUGCUAACAUAUGUGAACGAUGGUCUAUUGCCGUUGAACAACUAACAAGUAUCUAUUGGCGUAAUUAUAAUCCACAUCCAUGGAAAGGUGAACCAUUUAAAGCAAUAUAUUUAAUACAAUUUAAAAAACGUUUACAGCAAAUAUUAAGUAUUCGUUCAUCAUAUGAUCAAUAUUUACGUUUUAAUCCAUCAAUGAAUAAAGAAAAUUUCUCAGCAAAUAGAGUAUUUGCACCAUUUUUUAAUCUUAAUCCAAUACAAUUUAAUCCAUAUACGGAUCCGCAAUGGACUUCUGCAAUGAAUCAAUUUGAAAACAUGAUGUCAAGUAUAGAUCGUGAUGUAGCAAGACAAUUACGUGAACAUUUUCAAAAAUUACGUUCAAAUCCUCAACAAAUACUUGUAGAUUUUAAACGUUAUUGUGACUUAAUACAACGUGAUACAAUUCGAAAAGAAUUAGCAUCUGAAAGAGAAGUACUUUUAAGUCAACUAGAAAAUGAUAUUAAAAUAUUGUCAGAGGAUUUUAAUAAUUUAAUAAAUGGAGGCAAGAAAUCAACAACAAAAGGAAUUAAUCGUACUGCUAUUGCAACUGCACUUGAUACAAGCCGACAAAUUGAAGCGAAAGUAAAUAAUAUAAUUAGUGACGGAGAAAAAUUAUUAAGUGAUUUAUCGAGUUAUUCACGUGUUGGUUCACUUGCUAAACAACUUAAACAAGAUUUAAUUAAUUGGAGAAAAGAUAAAUUUAAAGAAUGGUGUCAAGAUACAAUACGUGCUAUUGAUGAUCCAUCGCAAGCAUUAAGUCUUGAAACAACUGGUCGUUUAAUGGAACUUGAUUCACGUGAUGGAAAAUUACGUGUACUUUAUGGUGAUAGAUUAGUUAUUUUACUUAAUGAAGUACGACAAUUAUCAUCACUUGGUUAUGAUAUACCAUCAAAAAUUAUUAAAUGUGCAGAUGUUGGAAAGAAAUUUUAUCAAUAUGGAGUUGAACUUCAAGCUUUGGCACACUUUUAUAAUACAAUCGAUUCGGAAAUGAUUCCAAGUCAACAACCAAUGAUGCUUGAUUUAGCUAAACAUUUUGAACAUCUUGUUAAAGAUCCAAAAUUAUCUCAACGAAGUGGAAAUGAUUCAGCUGUUAAAAUAACUUGGGAUAAUCCUGACCAAUUAUCACGUUAUAUAUCAGUACUUCGUGAAGCAGCUGAAAAAUUAAAAACUGAAAAUUUAAAAUUACGUCGUCAUCAUUCAAAUAUACAACAAAUUGUUUGUUCAUUAAUGAAUACAGAUUUAUUACGUGACCAACAAAAAUGGAAUGAACAAGUACAAGAUAUUAAAAAAAUUAUGGAAAAUUUAAUUAAUGAAGGUUAUUCAGCUGAUAAUAUGAAAUCAUGGAGAGCUUUUUGGGAUAGACAAUUAUAUAAAGCACUUGAUCUUCAAUAUUCAAUAGGUUUAAAAACUUUAACUGAAAAUUUACCAGAUAUUAAUAUAGAUCUUACUUUUGGUGAUAAUUCUAUUCAAUAUAAAUUAUCAAAUUCAUCACAAGAGCAGGCUAGUUUAGAAGGAAUUAAAGCAACUUAUUAUAAUGAAAUGAAAAGAUUUUUAACAAUACCAUUAAUAUUUAAAGGUUGUAGGGAUACAACAUCAUCAAAGAAAAAGUUAAUUUAUGAAAAUAUUAUGUUAAGACAUAAUGAUGAUAUUAUUACAUGUUUUUAUGCAUCCAAUCAAUUAUUUACUAGAUUAGAACAUGGUUUAGAACAAUUUAAAGAAUGGACUGUAUUAGGACAAGUUGAUAUUGAAGAACUUGUUGAAAAAUAUUUACUUGAUGUUGCUGAUUGGGAAAGAAAUUUUAGAGUUUUAAAACUUCGUGGACAAGAUGCAGAAAAAUUACCCAAUGAAAUGCGAUAUGAUUGUUUUGUCGUUAAUAUAAGUCCCUUUAAAUUAGCAAUAGAAAAUCAAAUACAACGUUUACAGGAUUCCAUGUUAACACAUCUUAAACGUUCAAUAACUCGUGAUGCUACUACUAUCGAUUCUUUUGUUAAUGAAGGUCUUGAAAUGUUAAAUGAUCGUCCAAAAAAUCAUGAAGAAAUUCGUUUAUCUUAUAAAAAACAUGAUGAAUUACAUUCUAAACGUAAAGAUAUGUUACCAUUAUAUGAACGUCUUGAAUCAAAAAAUAAAUUAUUACGUUCUGUAGCUGGUGGUGGUCAUGAACAACUUGUACCAUUACAAUUAAAAUUAGAUAAAUUUGAAACAAUGAUGGAUUCACAUAUUCAAAUGAUAAAUGAACAAAAAGAUGUUUUUAAAAAAAAUUUACAAUCACGUUAUGAAACAUUUUUAAAUGAAUGUGAAAAAAUGAAAGCACGUUGGAAACAGAUUCGACCACGAGAACAAGAUAUGGAAGAUGAAAAAAAAUGUAGAGAUUCAUUAAAAAUUGUUCGAGAAAGAGAAAAAGAAAUUCAAGAUAUGAUCAAACAAAAAGAGAAAAUGAUGUAA